AAGUUUGAAUUUUUUUGUAUUGCAUUGCGUUGUGAUUUACAUAUUUUCUUUUAAUUCUACAUUACAUUUAGUAAAGAUUACUGUAAUGAAAUUUUCAAAUUGAAAUACUGAAGUACUGUUUAGUGUUUACAUUUAUCCAACGAAAUGUCCAAGUUUAUAUACUUUAUAAUUUUACUUUGUGCAAGUGGGAGUUUCAGUAAAAAAUACAAUGAUGAAGAAAAGCCGACAUGGGCUAAAAAAGACAUUCGUGACUUCAGCGAUGCUGAUAUGGAACGGCUUUUUGAUCAAUGGGAAGAGGAUGAAGAACCUUUACCUGAAGAUGAAAAACCAGAAUAUAUGCGAAAGCCUCCUACAGUAGAUUUUAGCAAACUUGACAUGUCAAGCCCUGAAUCAGUUCUGCAGGCAACCAAAAAAGGUCAAACUUUAAUGAUGUUUGUAACCGUUGCUAACAAACCUUCGAGAGCACGCACAGAGGAGUUAACAAAGAUAUGGCAAACUGGUCUUUGGAGCAACCAUAUACAAGCAGAAAGGUAUCUAAUAGAUGAUGACAGAGCCAUAUUCAUGUUUUCUGAUGGUUCUCAAGCUUGGACAGCAAAAGAGUAUCUGUUAGAACAAGAUGAACUGAAAGAUGUUCAAUUAGAGAGCCAGACAUAUGAAGGCAAACAUCCAGAUGUUAAAAAUAAGGUUCUCAGAGAUGAACUGUAAGAUCUGAAAGAUAAACUAUCUAUAAGUUUUAUUUAUACAAACUUGGUUGUAUCCAAGUAUUAUGUUUUGAUAAGAAUUUUAAUGAGCAAGUCAUCUUAAUGUUUUAAAUAAGAUACUGAUUAAAUGUAAGACAAAAAUAACUUGGUGCAAUUAUGCAGUGGUAUGCACAGAUUUCUCAACCAGGGUAAGCAAUAGGUUGGCAGGACUCUCGAACCUUUAAUGCAUCUACAAAGGACAUGCUACUGUAUCACACAUAUUAUAACAGAUUGUUCCAGAGAAGUUCAAAAUUUAUCAUAUUUUUCUUUGGUUGUAAAUCAGGUAGAACUUUUAUUGCUAUAAAAGCUUAUAUCUGUACCUAUCCGCUACAUAUUUUUGAAACAAUUCCUUACUUUAUUCCAUUUUUAUAAAGUUGUAAAUUUUAUUGUGUUUAAAUUUUUUGAGAUAUAAAUUAAAAAAUUGCUGAAAUACAAGUACUCUUAUUUUAUUAUCCACAAAUUACAAAAAUAAACUUUAAGCAUACAAUUGUUUUCUUAGGCGUCUGUAGCGCGGAAAUGUUCUUCAUCAAUAGUUGAAUAUAUGUGUCCCUCACCGCACAUCCAUUCCAGGGUGUUUCUAGAAAAAAAUAUUUUUU